AUGGUUGCGCAGUCGCUAAGCUCGCUAUUGCAGCGGGCAUCGAUUGACGAUCAUGAGGAGGUCCUCCAGUCCUGCAAUGCAGCCCUUGCCAAAUCCAAAUCCGACCUGAACGCUCAACACAUCAAAGUCAUUGCCCUAUUGAAGCUCGACCGAUACGAAGAUGCCCUGCGCGUGCUGGAGGCCGGAGGCGAUGCUCUGAAGAAGCGGGCGGGCUUGGAACAUGCGUACGCGCUGUACAAAUGCGCAAGGCUGGAGGAGGCAAUGGCUGCUGUGACUCAAUCCGGUGCCAGCAGAGGUGCUAGUCACCUUGAGGCUCAAGUGAGCUACCGUGCGGAGCAGUUCCGUCGCGCCGCCGAUAUUUACGAGAAUCUGUCCAAUGAGCCCCACGGAGAGGAGAACGACUUGAGCAUCAACUCUUGGGCUACUGAUGCUCAGCUUCAGUGGAAGGGAGAGGCGGAAUACGUGCGCCACGAUCGUCCAUCGAGGGAAGACUUGGAGGCUUUUGAAACAGCAUACAACGCUGCUUGCAUGAAUAUUGCCAAGGGGGCAUACGCUCAAGGAGAAGUGCUUCUAAACCGGGCAAAGAAUAUUUGCCAAACGUCAGAAGAGCUCUUGCCAGAAGAUAAAGUUGCAGAGUUGCUUCCAAUUGCUGUACAGUAUCUCUAUGUCUUGAUCCAACAAGGCAAGACGGAGGAGGCCGAGUCGCUCCUCAACGAGAUCUCAGUGGAAGAUAUCUCGGAACUCUCAACUAAGAAAAUUGCUCGCAACAACAUCGUUCUGGCUCGCCAGACUACAGUCAACCCCUACCUCUUGUAUAAGGCUCUCCACGAAACUCCCGAAGCUACAGACAACGACCGGCUAUUCGCUUUUCAAGACAAUGCUCUGACGGGCAACUCACACGCCACGGAUCUUCUUGUCCAAAAAUACGAUGGCAUGAUCCGAUCAACAGCCAAGGCCCUCUCAAAAAGCUCUUGCCCCUCUACCGAGGCCAGCACAAACCUUCUUUCCGUGUAUAACGCCGCAGCCCAUGCACGGGGAGAGACCGGGUCCAAGGGCCUGAACAAGAUUCUCCCCUUGCUGGAAAGAAGACCCAAGGACCUUGGUCUCCUUUUGACUGUUGUCCAGCUGUACGUCAACGCUGGCAACACCACCUCCGCCAUCACAGCAGUGGAGCGAUCCCUCAAGAGCCUGGAAGAAUCUGUCUCCGAAGCCGACCAAGACGCCCGCUUCAACCCUGGCCUACUCAGCGUGCUCGUAUCUUUGUAUCAACUUGAGGGCCGCAAGCUCCAGAUCCGCUCAACCCUCGCACAAGCCGCUUCUCAUUGGCGCAACAAGCCCGAGGCCCCUACCUCCCUCCUGCGUGCCGCCGCAAAGUCUCUCCUUUACUCUGAUAGCUCAGCAGACCUGGCCACAGCAGGCGAUCUGUUCAAGUCCCUAUACCAACAAGAUUCGAGCGACCGUAUCGCUAUUGCUGGUUACGUCGCCUCAAAGGCCACCUUGGACUACUCCCAAGUGGAAUCGCAACUUGACCAACUACCAGCUAUUGGUGACCUAGUCGCCAGCGUCGAUAUCUCUGCCCUGGAGUCAGCCGGUAUCGCGCCCUCAGCCUCAUCUGCUGCCGCCGCGGCCGCAUUUGCUGGUGCCCGCAAGCGCUCUGCAUCGGGCAAGGAGGGUCGUGUUGUGAAGCGCGUACGGAAAUCCCGUCUGCCCAAGGACUAUGACCCUGCCAAGAAAGCCGACCCUGAACGUUGGCUGCCACUGCGUGACCGAUCUUCAUACAGACCGAAGGGUCGGAAGGGCAAGCAGCGUGCUGCUGAACGUACGCAGGGUGGUGUUGUCUCCGAGAAGCUCGGCGAGCCUGCUUCGCAGCCGCAGAUUGUUUCUGGGGGAGGUGGCGGUGGUAACAAGAAUAAGAAGAAGAAGGGGAAGCGGUAA